UGAAUCGAAUUGUCUGUCACUAAAACACUCUCCAAACGAACAAAAAAGAUCCAAAAGAAAAUAUAUUCAGUACAAUGAAUCGGAAUCCUCAGGUAUGCAGUGCGCGUAUAGCCCCGAAGGUUCUCCUAGAUGCGGAAGAAUCACAGUUGGUUCGUUGUCGGGACACAGCUGUUUGCCCAUACGUGGAAAACUCCGAGUUGGUUCGCGAUAAGACCCCGGAGACGCCCCUGGAAAUAUCUCCAUACUCGAACAACCCAGAGAUUUCCCAGAAGCUUCAGGACUCAAAGUCGGGAUCCGGAAAGAGCACAGCCAUUGGCCCAGACGUGGACGACUCACAGCUGGUUUGCUAUUCAGAGCAGGGGUCCGAUGAGGACCUAAAUAUUGGGCCAUCCGAGGACGACGAGGACGACGACGACGGCGACGAGGACGACGACGACGACGACGACGACGACGACGAGGACGACUACCAGUCGGGCGUACAGAUCAUAGAGAUCCCUAAGACUCCCAGGGGAGUCGCAAAAGUGACCCGCGAUAGGUCUGAGAUCAAUAUGCGACUGAAGCGUUGGCAGGACAAACUGAACGCCUACAAGGGACUGGUGGAACGCAACCGCGAGCUGUUCGCGAUCUACGAAGAGAAACGACUUGCAGUAGCCGCAGGGCUGGCUGAGAUUACCAGAGAAAUGUAUGAGUUGGGCUGCUGGCCCGAUGGUGUCCCGGAGGGUCAAGGGGACGGCGCGGAUGCGAACGAAACGGCGUAAGUUUCAUCAGAAGAGAAAAAGACGAGCGCGACUAAAUUGUAAUGUUUAAUCCUUUAUGGCUGCACUAUUUGUUGAGCCAUGAGCUCACUCUAUAUCCUCCCGGGGUGUUUAUAUAUUUGUUAAUGUUGCAUUGAGCUUAAGACACACACACAAGACACUCCUUUAGACCGCAAUAAAGUCUGGCAA